CUAAUAACUAGCAUGGAUGCUGUCUCUAAAUUUCGUUAGUAUCUGCCUGCACCACUCCAUAGCACGAAGUCCCAGGCUCGUCUCCACAAACGGGAAACGCCAUCUCGCCAGCUCAUCCCCUUUGAGGUAUUAGGCGCUGCGGUGGCUUGUGUAGAGCUACUGCGAUCGUCCAAUGGGGGCGUCGGUGGCUCUGUAAUUCGCACGAGGGGGAUUAGAUAGUGAUGCCUGUCGCCGACAUCAUGCGCGCUUAUCAACUCGGCUCGGCGGCGGCAUGUGUCCCUUCAUCCGCCAGGACCGCCAGGCAGGAGGAUCAUCCUCAUCCUGUCGGAUACCAGUCACACCGAAGGACACAGGUCAACUACGGUGGCAAAAGCACAUUGCAGAGGCUGCGCCAGCUGAUUUCCACCCCCUGUUCAAUCAGAAUUCCCUUACAAUGGAUUCGCGUGCGCAGCUUUCUCCCAUGGGCCAGGGCUCCACUACUACUGUGGGUGGUCAUGCUACGAUAGGUUCCUGCUCAGCCGAUGUCUUAGCCUUCUUUCUACGUCGCAUAAUGCUUCUGCUCACCGUGUUCCACCAUCUUGCCGUGUUUCUGUGCCACUUCAUUCUCUCGAUGGCGUUGGAUUCGGCCUCCCGACCUUCUUCACAUCCAAAAGGGCGAGCUCCAUUCCGCCAUAUUUCAAAGGAUUAUGACCGCGUGGCGCAGUCCACCCUAUGUGUGAGAUUUUUGCGAGGCGAGACGACUGCUCUGGAUCUAGCUUUCUCUGGGAGGGUUCAUUUUAAGUUACCUACGAGCCAUAGUCUAUGACAGUCUGCAGGAGUGUCUAGAAGCUCAUAUACGACAUGAAUGUUCAUUAGUAUCAGCAUAGCAGAACAGGUUCUGGGUCUAGGUGGGUGAAAAGCUC